ACGUCCAAUCAGGGAGGAGGUCACUCGUAUGCAAAUGAGGCGUUAUCACAGUGACGUCAGCAGCAACGGCGGCGGCGGCGGCGGAGCAGCUGUGUGGUGCCGAGCACCGCAAAACUAACUUCUCCGACAACACGCAGCGCACAGCCGGGGCUCCGUUUUCGGGCACGUUUGAGAUGAUGCCAUAGCUCCUUUUGCUGCCGUGGUUCCGCUGAACCAACCGGGAUCCGCAGACCAUUCAGAAGGUUCCAUCGACUUUCAAAGCACCGCCAUGGACUUUUUCGACGACCCCAACCUCUUUGGUGGGGGUCUGGAAGGUGUGGACGUCGACUGCUUCACCCCGGCGCCGUCGUUCGCGGACGAGCUCAAUCUCAGCACUGACUUUGAGCCCAUCCAAGUAUCAGAGUCUCUUGGCUCGGGGAAAAGUCAGGACAUGAUGCUCCCAGCGUCCUCCACGUCCACCCAACAAGCCAUGUCAUCUUACAGUCAGCAGUUGGGUCACUACAUUGGAAAUAAGGCGCAGAAUCUUGUUGGCCAGGCAUUUCCAGGUCUUGUAGGUGCAGGUAGCGGAGGUGAUGGCAUAGUUGUAGAGCAACAGGGCCAGUACCGUAACGCCGCUGUGACCCAAGUACCUCAAUCCAAUGGGCUGUUCUUUAACAGUAGCAGCCCAAUGUGGGGCAACCAGGACCAGAAUGGGAACAUGUACCAUCCUGUGUCGCAACAGCAGCUUUGUCAUCAGCAGCAGCAGCAGCAGCAGCAGCAGCAGCAGCAGCAGCGACUGCACAACCAGCAGCUUCACGUCAGACAGCAACAAACACAUCAUCCACAGCACCACAGAAUGCGCCAGCAGCUGCUGCAACAGCAAAGUCACCGGCAACAGCCGUUAAACCAGCGCCAUCACCAACAAAUUAACGCGCAGGCCAUCCCCCUGGAGCACCAUCACGGUUUCUCCUUCCACCAGGAGAGUCAGCCUCAAAACCAGCAGCAGCGAGUUCACCAGAGUCCGCAACAGAUCCAACACCACCUGACUGCAGGAGGAGCAAGAUUUCAUUCGGGUGUGCUGACAAGUAAGUCUUAUGUGGAUGGUCAAAAUGACCCUCUGCAAGACACCGUGUCUUGCUUGCAACAGUGCGGCUACCAAAUGGGAGCUCAAGACUUUGGCAGAGCUGUAAUGACCAACAAUAACCCACCCAUGGAUGCGUCAUCCAUUGUCCACUCACUGCCCACGUACUCUGUGAGUUCUGCCGCCACUUACCAACCGGCUCAGUACCCUGCCUACCCUGGCGAACCAGAAAUGGCCAGUCUCAGUCAGCCGUCUAUGUCCUCAGCCUCAGUGGCUGCGAGACCCGCCACCACCGCCGCUCCCCUCGCCGCGGCUCUGCCCGAGCUCCCGGGGGCAGCAUGUCAGUUUCCGUCUGCGUCAGUUAUAGGCCAGCAACAUGCUAGGACCCCAGUUAGCCAGGCAGAGGAGUGUCCUUUCCGGGCUCUACGCUGUUCUGCAGAGACGCCAGGAAACAACAGGUCGUCUGAGAUUUUCGGGGAAUCAAUGAGCUGCUACUCGAGCACGACCCGCCAGAUGCCCUCUGAGCAGCCGCGAAGCUGCGGGGCCGCCAACACUAACGGAUACCCGUCCCUCGGAGACAAUCUACUGGCAUCCGAGGCUCAGGAUGUACAUUUGGGAGGGGUUCUGGAGCCCCCUGACCUCCUGCCUGAAUUACUUCCCCAGCUGGAGGCCGCCAUCAGCCAGCAGGAUCAAUCCAACACCUCCUGGGUGGAUUCGAACCAGGCGUGGGGUCCGGAGCACAGGACACCGCUACCUGUUAAGCAAAGAGAGGAGCCUCGGAAGAACACUAAUGGUCCCGUCAGCCACGUCCGGGUCCUCAGCCCCGUGAUGAAGAGCAGCUCAUCCUCCUCUUCCUCUUCGUCGUCGUCUUCGUCCAGCUCCUCGUCGGAGAAGAGAAAGUCGCGGAGGACGCACCGCCAGUCUGAUUCGGUGUCCCCGGACAAGCAGGAGAAGGCCAACAGGAUCAUAUCGGAGGCCAUAGCGAAGGCUCGGCAGCGCGGGGAGAAGAACAUCCCCAGGGUGAUGAGCCCGGAGUGCUUUCCCAGCUCCUCGUCACACCACAGGAGCCGCCAGGAACAUAAAGGGAACGGCAAAGCGCGGUCCAAAGAGAGGGCCUCCAGGAAGGCCUGCAUCAUACCUUCUUCCACGUCUAAGCAGAAGGCCAAGAUCGGGAAAAUUGUCAUCAAGAUUGGGAAGAAAAAGAAGAAGAGGAAGCCUGACUCUUCAGAGGAGGAGUCGGACGGAGAUCCUCCAUCUCGACGCGCCUCGAAAGACUCUAAGAGGCGAUCGAAUCGUCAGGUGAAGAGGAAGAAGUACGCCGAGGAACUGGAGGCCCGGUUGUCAGACGAGGAUGGCAAGGUGACCGUCAAAGCCAAGAAGUCCAAGGAGCCUGCGGUACAGCUUUUUGUCGAGAACCCCAGCGAAGAAGAUGCCGCAGUCGUCGACAAGAUCAUGUCGUCCCGUGUUGUCAAGAAGGAGAUCUCUCCGGGAUUGGUGGUGGAGGUGGAGGAGUUUUUUGUCAAGUACAAAAACUACUCCUACCUUCACUGUGAGUGGGCCACGGAGGAGCAGCUGGAGAAGGACAAGAGAAUCCAGCAGAAGAUCAAACGCUUCAAGAUGAAACAGGCACAGAGGGCGCUCUUCUUCGCUGACAUGGAAGAAGAACCCUUCAACCCAGACUAUGUUGAGGUGGACCGAGUGCUUGAGGUGUCCUAUUGUGAGGAUAAAGACACGGGGGAGGAAGUGGUGUAUUACCUGGUAAAGUGGUGCUCCCUGCCGUACGAGGACAGCACCUGGGAGCUGAAGGACGACGUCGAUCAGAGCAAGAUAGAAGAGUUUGAGCAGCUGCAGGCAGUCAAGCCGGACUCGCGCAGGGUGGAGCGUCCCCCAGCCAACCUGUGGAAGAAAAGGGAGCAUUCGCGACACUACAGGAACGGCAACAGCCUCAGGGACUACCAGCUGGAAGGUGUCAACUGGCUCCUCUUCAACUGGUACAACAGGCGAAACUGCAUCCUUGCGGACGAGAUGGGCCUGGGAAAGACGAUCCAGUCCAUCACCUUCCUGGAGGAGAUCCACCGUGUGGGCAUCAAGACGCCAUUCCUCAUCAUCGCCCCGCUCUCCACCAUCGCCAACUGGGAGCGGGAGUUCCGCACCUGGACCUACCUGAACGUCAUAGUGUACCACGGCAGCAUGGUCAGCAGGCAGAUGCUGCAGCAGUACGAGAUGCACUUCAGGGACGCGCAGGGCCGCGUGAUGCGAGGUGCCUACAAGUUCCAGGCGGUCAUCACUACAUUCGAGAUGAUCCUGGGCGGCUGCCCCGAGCUCAACGCCAUCGAGUGGCGCUGCGUCAUCAUCGAUGAGGCCCACCGCCUCAAGAACAAGAACUGCAAGUUGCUGGAGGGCUUUAAACUUAUGAAUCUUGAGCACAAGGUCCUGCUGACGGGUACUCCUCUUCAGAAUACCGUGGAGGAGCUCUUCAGCCUACUCCACUUUCUGGAGCCGGCACGCUUUCCAUCAGAAAGCACCUUCAUGCAGGAGUUUGGAGACCUCAAGACCGAAGAGCAGGUGCAAAAGCUCCAAGGCAUCCUGAAGCCAAUGAUGCUGCGGCGCUUAAAGGAGGACGUGGAGAAGAAGCUGGCGCCCAAGGAGGAAACCAUCAUCGAGGUGGAGCUCACAAACAUCCAGAAGAAGUACUACCGCGCCAUCCUGGAGAAGAACUUCUCUUUUCUGGCCAAAGGUGCCGGCCAGUCCAACAUGCCCAACCUGGUCAACACCAUGAUGGAGCUGAGAAAGUGCUGCAACCACCCCUACCUCAUUAAAGGGGCAGAAGAAAAGAUCUUAGAGGACUUCAGGGAGGUUUACAGCCCGGCUGCCUUGGACUUUCACUUACAAGCCAUGGUGCAGUCCGCCGGGAAGCUCGUCCUCAUUGACAAACUACUGCCGAAAAUGAAGGCCGGCGGCCACAAGGUGCUCAUCUUCUCCCAAAUGGUGCGAUGCCUGGACAUCUUGGAAGACUACCUCAUUCAGAGAAGGUACUUGUACGAGCGGAUAGACGGCCGCGUCCGUGGCAACCUGCGCCAGGCGGCCAUCGACCGCUUCAGCAAGCCUGACUCGGACCGCUUUGUUUUCCUCCUGUGCACACGAGCCGGCGGCCUUGGCAUCAACCUCACGGCGGCGGACACCUGUAUUAUCUUCGACUCUGACUGGAACCCUCAAAACGACUUACAGGCGCAGGCACGCUGCCACCGGAUUGGUCAGAACAAGGCGGUCAAGGUGUACCGGCUGAUCACCAGGAACUCGUACGAGCGGGAGAUGUUCGAUCGCGCCAGCCUCAAGCUGGGUCUGGACAAAGCCGUGUUGCAGAGCAUGAGCGGCCGAGAUAACAGCUUGGGAGGAAGCACUGGUGGAGGGGCCGUCCAGCAACAGCUGUCCAAAAAGGAAAUCGAGGAUUUGCUGCGACGAGGAGCCUACGGUGCCAUUAUGGACGAGGAGGACGAAGGGGCCAAGUUCUGUGAGGAGGACAUCGACCAGAUCCUCCAGCGCAGGACCAAGACUAUUACCAUCGAGUCAGAGGGGCGAGGGUCCACCUUUGCCAAGGCCAGUUUUGUGGCAUCCGGAAACCGCACAGACAUCUCUCUGGAUGACCCCAACUUCUGGGACAAGUGGGCGAAAAAGGCUGACGUCGAUAUGGAAAUGGUGAACGGCAGAAACAGCCUGGUGAUCGACACCCCGCGCGUCAGAAAGCAGACGAGGCCCUUCAGCUCCACCAAGGACGAGCUGGCGGAGCUCUCAGAGGGCGAGAGCGACAGCGACGACACCAAACCCAAACUCCGGCGAACCCACGACCGGCCCAACAGCUACGGACGCACUGAAUGUUUCAGAGUGGAGAAGAACCUGCUGGUGUAUGGGUGGGGCCGAUGGAAGGACAUCCUGACUCACGGUCGGUUUAAGAAGCAGCUGACUGACUGGGAUGUGGAGUCCAUCUGCAGGGCGUUGCUGGCCUACUGUUUGGUGCAUUACCGUGGGGAUGACAAAAUCAAAAGCUUCAUGUGGGACCUGAUCGCACCCACGGAAGACGGACGUACCAAGGAGCUGCAGAAUCACUUGGGCCUCUCAGCCCCAGUUCCUCGAGGCAGGAAGGGUAAGAAGAUGAAGACCCAGUCCAGCUCCUUUGACAUCCACAAGGCCGAGUGGUUACGGAAGCACAACCCGGAGCACAUGCUCCAGGACGACGGCUACAAGAAGCACCUCAAACACCACUGCAACAAGGUGCUUCUCCGGGUCAGAAUGCUGUACUAUCUGAAACAAGAGGUGAUAGGAGACGAGGCCCAGAAGGUUCUAGACAACGUAGACUGCAGUGAAGUAAAGAUCUGGGUGCCAGAACCUGAUCACUCCGAGCUGCCAGCCUUGUGGUGGGACGCUGUCUCUGAUAAGUGUCUGCUGUUGGGGGUCUUCAAGCAUGGUUAUGAAAAGUACAACAGCGUCCGAGCAGACCCUGCGUUGUGCUUCCUAGACCGCGUCGGUCGACCGGACGAGAAGGCCAUCGCCGCCGAGCAGAGAAGCAACGAUUUCAUGGACGGGGAUGUGGAUGAUCCCGAGUACAAGCCUGCUCCGGCCCUGCUGAAGGAUGAUAUGGAGGAUGACGCCUCCUCUCCCGGAGACUUGGUCGUCAUUGACAACGCCGGAGAUGCAGUUCCGGAGGUGCAGAGCGCCUACUGGCCCUCGCCGUCCGUGCUCACCGCCCGGCUGAGGCGCCUGAUCACGGCCUCACAGCGCUACACCAAGAGCCGGCAGAUCCUGCAAAUCCACCAGGUGCAGACUCUGUCGCAGCCGCAGGUGGCCAUGAUGUCGGCGCCGCUCUGCCCGUUGUUGCCGCCGGUGCUCGCCGAUCCGCUCAACCCUAAGAUGGCCGCCAAGAUUGAACGGCAGCAAAGAUGGACCCGGCGGGAAGAGGCAGACUUCUACAGGGUGGUGUCCACCUUUGGAGUGGUUUUCGACCCGACGCUGGGCCGCUUCGACUGGACUAAGUUCCGGGCGAUGGCUCGGCUGCACAAGAAAACCGACGAGAGCCUGCAAAAGUAUCUGUGCGCCUUCACCGCCAUGUGCCGACGGGUCUGUCGCCUGCCGCCCAAAGAAGGAGACUCUGCGGUGGACCCGUCCCUCAUCAUCCAGCCCAUCACAGAGGAGCGGGCGUCUCGCACCUUGUACCGAGUGGAGCUCCUUCGCCAAGUGAGGGAGCAGGUUAUUCGCCACCAAUUGCUCUUCGAGCGCCUGUCCCUGUGCCAGAUGAGCUCCGACCUGCCCGUGUGGUGGGAGGUCGGCACCCACGACCGAGACCUGCUCAUCGGCGCCGCCAAGCACGGGGUCAGCCGCACGGAUUACCACAUACUCCGAGACCCAGAGCUGGGCUUCAUGGCAGCCCAGCGCGCCUCCGCCGUGACGAAGCCUGUCCCACAGCAGCCGUGCAAUUUCACCCCGCUUCUGCACCCUCAGUACCAGGCCUUGGCACUGGUGGGUUCCCCGCUGCCUCCUCCGACCCAAAGAGAGGGGGAGACAGCUGGGCUGGUACCCAAAGUGGAGCCUCCCUCAGAAGGGGAAGAAAGCAGGGAGAACGUAAAGGACAGCUGGAGUCCCGCCGCCGCACCAGCGACCCCUACAGGUGUGGUGGAGGAGAAGCCCAUCCCUGAAUUGAGGGACAGCGAGCGGCAGAUGGUGGCGGCGAGGACCACACCUCUCACGCCCAACUCCUCCGAAAGGAAGCCCAAGAAGGCCAGCAAGCGAGGCCGCAGAGAGAACAAGCGGGCCUCCGGGUCCGACACGGAUGGCUCUUCGUCGAGUUCCUCCUCGCGCUCUUCCUCGUCUUCAUCGUCGUCCUCUUCUUCCUCGUCCCGCUCCGGGUCCAGCUCGUCGUCUUCUUCGUCAUCCUGCUCCUCAGGGUCUUCGUCAUCGUCAUCGUCGUCUUCUUCUGAUGACAGCGACAGUGAAGGAGAGGACGGGAAGGAGAAAGUAUUUUCAGUGCCUGCAGCUCCAAGCGUGAAGGGUUUCGACGAGGACAGCGUGGCGUCUCUGGGCACCACACAAGAUGACGCGCAGGACCCCCAUUCAUCUGAAAAUGGCCUGGCCAACAGCGCCGCUCAUCCCUUCCUGGCAGGAGGAUACAUGCUCGCCUCCCACUGGCCAAAGGACCGCGUCAUCAUCAACCGCCUGGACAGCAUCUGCCAGGCAGUCCUGAAGGGCAAGUGGCCGGCGACGCGGCGCGUGUACGAGCCCGGCGGCGCCGUGGCCUCCUUCUACACCACCAAGCUCCUGGACGGCAGCCUGUGUGAGGACCCCUCGGCCUCGCCCCAGGGGUCAAAGGUGACCAAGCAUGUUGCAGAAAACAAGGAGUUCUCAGUAAAGCUGAACGAUCAGGAGGGAGGUCUCAAGCUGACCUUCCAGAAACAAGGUCUACCUCUGAAGAGACCCCUGGAUGCAGAGGAGGGACCCCAGGCCCAGCAGCAGUAUCUGGCCCGGCUACACGACCUGCAGAGCGCCUCAGACACGGGUCUGGCCGACAUCACCAAGCCGCAGUGCAGCUUCCAGAACGUGCCUUCAGGUCUCGCUGGUCCCAUGAGGCUAAACGGUGUGCUGGACGGCCAACCGGUGGUGAAGCGGCGCAGGGGGAGGAGGAAGAACGUAGAGGGGAUGGACCUGCUGUUCAUGAACAGGAGUCAAGUCCCUGAUCAGCCGCUUCCUGGGUGGGGCGGCAUCGGCCAAGUGGGCACAGCUCCAAUGCCAGGUUAUAACCCGAGCGCGGGUCUGGCUCCGGAGGACGCGGAGAGCAGGGUUCCUGUCAUCAACCUGAAAGACGGCACCCGGCUCGCUGGGGACGACGCUCCCAGGAAGAAAGAUCUAGAUCAGUGGCUGAAGGAGCACCCGGGCUUUGUGGCGGACACGGGAGCCUUCAUCCCUGGCGUCAACAAGAUGCCUUUGCAGUUCCACAUCCAAGAUGGUCGGCCCAAGCAGAAGCGGCAUCGCUGCAGGAACCCCAACAAGAUCGACGUCAACAGCCUGACGGGGGAGGAGAGAGUGCAGAUUAUCAACAGAAGGAACGCCCGCAAGGUGGGUGGAGCUUUUGCGCCACCGCUCAAGGAUCUGUGCCGCUUCCUUCAGGAGAACCCGGAGUACGGAGUCCCGCCCGAGUGGGCUGAUGUUGUCAAGCAGUCGGGUUACCUCCCAGAGGGCAUGUUCGACAGGAUCCUGACCGGUCCCAUCGUUCCUGAGGAGGUGAGUCGUCGAGGACGGCGGCCGAAGAACCCCCUCGUCAAGGCGGCGGCGGCGACAGCCAACCCGUCGUCUUCCUCGCUGGGCCUCAACCCCCUGCUGGCCAACGGGCUGCUGGCGGGCAUGGACCUGGGCAGCCUGCAGGCCUUGCAGCAGAACUUCCAGAGCUUGCAGUCCCUGCAGCUCACCGCGGGCCUCAUGGGCCUGCCGUCGGACGCCGGCAACAUGGCCGCCAGCAACUUGGCCGCCAUGUUCCCCAUGAUGCUCUCGGGCAUGGCGGGAAUGCCCAACCUGCUGGGCGUCAGCCCCUUGCUCGGGAAGCCCAGCCAUGAGGACAAGAAGGAGAGCGGCGACGUGGCCGGCAAGUCGUCGGCCUACGCCAAAGGAGAACGGACAGAAGCUUCUUCCGCCGGCGGCGCCCAAAGUGCCUCGGCAGCCUCCAGCCCCCCCGCCCCGCUCAACCCCUUGUUACUCUCCAGUAUGCUCUACCCAGGGAUGCUUCUCACUCCAGGCCUUAACCUUCCCGCCGACCCCACCCCGCUCCAUGCUCCGCCCCCAACUGUAGCCCCCCCGUCGUCCUCCGUAGCGACGGCGAAGGAGGAAACUUUGGACGACGACGACGACAACGAGGAGGAGGACGACGACGAGUCGGGGGAGCAGAAAGACAACAGCGGUUCAGGAAAAGCCGAGUCGUCCUCAUCGGAGUCCGGGAGCUCCUCCUCGUCCUCGGACGACUCCAGCGACGAGGACUAAACUAGACUCCAAAUCUAUUUAUGUACCGCCCUCCGAGAAAUGUAUUCAUAUAUUCACAUAUGUACGGAGGCUUUUGUUUGCCGGCACUUAGCGUUUUCUUUACUUGUAAAUAACUAACCAAAUUGUUGUGUAAUAAAAGAUGAGAACAAAAAAUCCAGAAAAAAACAGGAAAAAAUAAACAGAAAUGCUAUUUCGGUGUUUGUUGACAAGGUACCGUCUUGUUCGGGGACACAUUGCAUGUCACACCCGUGAUGAAAAAGGCAUUAUUGUAAUUAUUACGUCAAGAUUUAAUUUUAUUGUUAUUCUGGGGGGGGAACGCAUCGACACGCGCGGCGAGCUGUUAAUAUAUAUUGAUGGUUGGGGGGGGCGGGGCUAUGAUUUGUGUGUGGGCUUUGCAGAUGGUGCGUCGGACGUGAGCAAUAACUCGGGCAGCUAACGAAUGUCACUCAAGCUGUAGAUUCCGUUCAUGCUUGUCGGCUGGCGCGACCUCAUUCAAAAAACUUCUUUUUUUAAAAUUUAUCCACCCGAUGAUUUUUAGCUUCCGAAAAAUGACUCUCAUGGGCGGCUGUGCCAAAAAAAACACAAAAAAAAAUCUUGCUAUUUCCAGAAUACGAUCUUCCACUUCUCUGCUCCUCAUCUCGCUAUCGUCACGCAAGUCGGAAUGUCCGAUAUUUAUUUCACGUCGUCGUGUGUGACGCCGGCGCUAAAUAUUUCCGGUUUUUGCUUUCCAACGCAGUACCGAACUAGCUCGCUUGUACGUUUUUUUUCUCGUUUGUUUGUUUGUUUUUGAACUUCCGAGACGUAGAAGUGCCCUUAUCUUUUUUGACACUGCAAAAACGCAAACACUGGAAGUCAAUCAAACCGAAGUACCUUUUUUUCCCCUCAGUAUGUUUUUGGGACACUGCUGGACUGUUAGUUCAUCACCCCGCUAGGUGUCGCUGUAGCCUCGCUCUCCCACGGUCAGUGAACGCACCGAGACUGAAACCCUGCAUCGCUAACAUGGAAGGUAUUUUUCUACGUUUUUCUUUCCGAUCCCUCUUUUAACGUACACUUGGUGGGCUUUUUUUCUCUGCUUUGAUUUUGGCGACCAGUCCAGCGCGCUCACACUACUGCUGUACAGGAAGUUUGUCAUCACUGAGGCAAAACCAGCAUCAGUGGUUUUUUGUUUUUGUAUUUUGUUUCAAGCUUGACGAUAUCCUCAAUGUCACCACCACGGUCAGUCUUUGUCCUGUAAUUUUUCAUUCUUGAGUAAUAUUUGCAAAAGUUGUGCUCUGUGUAGUCAAAACUAAUUUUCUGUCGUGGGGAAAGCAAAAGAACGGGGCUGAAAGGGAGGGAGGGAAAGUGUCUUAAGAGACGAAGAAAAAAAAAAAAGACAUUUGUAAUUUAUUGGAUUACUUUCUAUGAAGUUCUAUAGAGGAAA